GGAAGGAGCGCUGGGAUUCCCGCCGCCCGCCCUUCGUAUAAAGCGACCCGCCGAGGCAAGACACACACACACCGUGCCCAGACCUCGUGGCAUCACAUACCCAACGAGCUCUCCAGACUGAAACAAGGAAAACAAAAUGAAACUGUUCCAGAUCCUGUUUGUGCUGACCCUCUGCGUCUUACUGGAGUUGGCGUUGGCCUACCCUGCAGCUGAACCCGAAGCCGAAGCCAAAGCCGAAGCGAGGCGGCGUUUCGGAGGAUUCGGUCACGGUGGAUUCGGUCACGGCGGAUUCGGCAAUGGAUUCGGUCACGGCGGAUUCGGCCAUGGAUUCGGUCACGGUGGAUUCGACCAUGGAUUCGGUGGCCACGACCACGUUAUUCACCACGGCGAUCAUAUUCACGUCCUCCACCACCACUUUUAAGCGGUCAUCGGAUGGCCUUGCUUGACUGUGGCAUCGGCAAGGAAAGCGCCUCCUUUGCGGAUCGUUUAUAUUAAUAAUUAAAAACAAUACAUUUUUUAUACAUA